AUUCAUUUUGUUCUAUUCAGAUCCAUUUGUAUUGUACGUUGAAAUGGGCGUUAAAUGGGAUGAAGAAAAAUUGGAGGAAAUUGAAGCGAAUAAACCGGUGAGAAUGAAGAUCACCGAGCCAAAGACACCAUAUCAUCAUCCUAAAAUUGAUGAUGAUGAUAAUUUUGAGGAAUAUGGCAAUCGUAGCAAUGAUGUGGAUGAUGACAUGGCAUCGUGCUCAAGUAAAAAUAUAUGUGAUGAUCCUCGUAAAAAUGAUGAUGAUAAUGAUAAUGACAUUAUUGUUAUGAAUCAUGCUGAUGUUGACGUUGAUGCUGAUGAAGAUUCUGACGAAUCGGAGAGGAAAAGGAAUUUCAUAGAGCAUAGAAGAGGUCAUUAUGAUGAAUAUAAGAGAAUCAAAGAGCUACAAAGAAAUGGAUCUCUUCUUCAAGAAUUUGAUGAUGAUGAUGAUGAUAAUAUUAAUAAUAUUAUUGAUGAUGGUGUUAAGGGCAUAGAAAUUGAGGAAGAAAAGGAAGAUACUUCAAAAUAGUCAUCUUAUUUUUAUGAAUAUCGUUUUUUUUUUCUUUUUGAUUUAAUCAUUUGAUAUCUGAAGCUCACACUUAGAUUUGCAUUAGAUAGGUCUACCUUUUGGUAGAAUAUGUUUUGCCUUGUUAGUUGACCUAUGUAUUUGCAUUAGAUAGGUCUACCUUUUGGUAGAAUAUGUUUUGCCUUGUUAGUUGACCUAUGUUGCAUCAAUAUGAAGUUC